AGUGUGUCAGUGUUGCGUCGCCACGGUGUGUAUGCGAACGCAUCGCGCAGUGACAUCGCGAAGCGCAGCGCAGCGAAGCGAAACGGAGCGGAGUGAAGUUGCCUUCGUCUCGCGUAGCAUAGCCGAGUAUAUUUGUGCGGCACGCAGAAGCGGUGACGUUAAUGCACUCGCGCGCGCGCAUGCGAGAGACAGAGAGAGAAAGAGUGAGAGAAGGAGAUCGGUCCGGUCGGAGCAAGAGAGGGAAGGAGAAUGAUGCGGCGACGCGGCAGGGGCAGGAGGGCGACACGGGAAGUGUAACGCGGCGAGCAGGAUAAAGAUAGAACGAGUCGAGCGAGUUUGGAGGGAAGACGACAGCGCUAAACGGAAGUGAGAAGAAGCGAGCGGGACGGAGUGAGAGCAAAUGCGACGGGUGCGAGAAGGAGGGAGCUAGGGACUGUCGUAGUCGUAGCCGAGUUCGGUCGGCUCGGCCAAUCGGCUGCGCGCACGCUCGCGCUCGCGCGCGCCUACAGGGUGGUUUCGUGGACCGCGCGACGCCCUGCGCGUCAUUCGUCGAUUCGCCUUCGCCUCGCCUCGGCCGGCACCCGAUGGAGGUUAGGUUCGCCGACGUUCGUCCGCGCUGAAGUGAAACACUCCCGGUGAACGAUCCCGAGCCGAGAACGCGCGCGCGCGCGCGCGAGAGAGGGACACAGUCCGGACAGUGCCGCCGUCGACUCUCCGUCACGUCACGCCUGUGGUAUUUCGUGCGCGCAACGCGUUCCAAACGGAUAAAUAAUGUCGAGCAGUGUGUGUCACGCGCCCCUGCCAGCACGAAUGGAAGCAUUCACCACGAGGCUCUGCCUGCGUGCGGUCGAUCAGUAUGAGCGGCUUCUACAGACGCACUUCAACAAGCCCUCGAGCAAGGAGCAAACGCAAUUGAGCAGUCAUGAUUCGAUGGGCAACAAGGACCACCGUCGACAGAAAGAUGGGCCCGGCAGCAGCAGUAGCAGCACUUACAGCGCCUUCCGUCAAUGGCGACGGAGCACUUCGAUGGGCUCUCGCGGCAACCGAUCCAGCAGCGCUGGCUCCAGAUCAUCCAGCUUGCUCGCCAAAUUGCCCAACGAUCCGGCCACCAUACGAAAGAUGGAACAAUUCCCCCUGGUCCUGUCAGACGCGACGAUGCCGGACGAGGAUCUCUCCUUGAAAUUCCUCGCCCUGAAUGCUCUGGAUCUAACAGCGCCAGCCAGCGACGUACUCUUAAAGAACCGACUAAAGUCCUGGUUUCAACUAUCGGGCCACCCGGACGGCUUUGCACCCGCCGGUCCUGGCACCGUCUGGAAGAGGAAGACCGGUGGCGCUGAAAAUACGGAGCGCAUUGUUUAUGAGACCCUGAGCAAGGAGGAAGCAUUGCGGGAUUGCAUUCCGAGAUAUUACCGGGAGGUUGAGUACAAGGGCGACACGUUCAUCGAGCUGCAGGAUCUGCUCUUCGGUUUCAACGAUCCGCACGUGAUGGAUAUCAAGAUGGGCACGCGGACUUUCCUCGAGUCCGAGGUGUCCAAGACCACCGCUAGGCCAGACCUCUAUCAGAAAAUGAUUGCCGUCGAUCCGGACGCACCGACCCAGCUGGAGCACGAGCAACGCGCCGUGACUAAAUUACGGUACAUGCAGUUCCGCGAACAGCAGAGCUCGACCUGCAGCCACGGUUUUCGCAUCGAGGCGAUGAAGCUGCCAGGUGCACCGCCGAUCACCGAUCUCAAAAAGAUCAAGUCGCAUUCGGAGGUGCUCGACAUCAUAAGACAAUUUCUCAGCAAGCGCGAGGACACUCGUCAAAAGAUCCUCGCGCGUCUCAAGAGUCUACGAAUUAAAAUUGAGGAGUCGAAAUAUUUUGAAACUCACGAGGUAAUCGGCAGUAGUAUUUUCAUGAUUUUCGACAGCGAAAAGGUGGGCGUUUGGCUAAUAGAUUUUGCGAAAACGCGGGAGGUGCCGGACGGACGAAAACUCACGCACAGGCGUCCUUGGGAGGAGGGCAACCACGAAGAGGGUUUCUUAUAUGGAUUGGACAACUUAAUUUCAACCAUAGAAGAAGUCCGCCUUUCUCCAUAAAUAUUUUCAAUGCUCGCGUGACGGAAUUUAGGAGACUUUUCUACUCUAUAAAACGUCGUUUACUCAUACACAUGUAACGAGUGAAAAAAGUAUUCGUAUUCCAUCGUUUAUAAACGAUUUUUAAUUAAUGUAAGUGCGCCAGUAUCAUCGGAUCAUCGAGAAGUGGAGUUUAUCAUUAUGAUGAGUAAAGUGAGUAAAGGCCGGUUUUCACACGCAAUGAUUAGUGGCGCCAACUGACUGGCAUUCAUUGGCGCCAGAACCGACUAGCAAACU